CCGUCAUUAUUAUCGUCGGUGUUGCUUGAUCUCGCCGAUAGCUGUGAGGAGUAGGUGCUGUGUUCCGUUGUUCACCAGUUUGCCCGGACGUUUUAAGCACCGUAAAAAUGGCUGGACUAUGCAAAGGGAAGGGACCAGGCUACCGAAGCCCCCAGGAGGCCAUGAAGGGACCAAGGGAGGAGCUUGUCUACUUGCCAUGUAUCUAUCGCAACACAGAAGUCAAGAAACCAGACUACCUAUCAACCGUUGAUGUCGAUCCCAAGUCGACCACAUUUUGUCAGGUGAUCCAUCGUUUGCCGAUGCCUCAUGUCAACGAUGAACUUCAUCACAGCGGCUGGAACACCUGCAGUAGUUGCUAUGGUGAUGAGUCGAUGUGUCGCAACCGUCUCAUUCUUCCAUCACUGUACUCCUCUCGUAUUUAUGUGAUUGACACUGGAACCGAGCCACGUAAACCCCGCAUGUUCAAGGUUGUUGAACCGGAAGAGGUCGCCAAGUCAGGACUGGCUGUCCCACACACCACUCACUGUCUGGCAGACGGACAAAUCAUGAUUAGCUCAAUGGGUGAUGCUAAACAACCCGGGGAGGGCAAAGGUGGAUUUAUAAUCCUAGACGGGAAGGACUUCUCCGUUACUGGGAACUGGGAGAAAGAAGGGAACACCACACCAUUUGGAUAUGAUUUCUGGUAUCAGCCGUUUCAUAACGUCAUGAUCAGCACUGAAUGGGGAGCACCUAAGGCCUUCCUGAAUGGUUUUGAUCCUGCAGAUUAUGCAAACGGUCUUUACGGUCAUACUCUUCAUGUCUGGGACUGGGAGAAGCACACCUUGAUUCAAGACAUCGAUCUAGGAGAUGAAGGAGCUAUUCCUCUGGAGAUUCGCUUUCUUCACAACCCUCUUGCCACCGAGGGCUUCGUUGGAUGUGCACUCAGCUCCAAUGUCUUCCGAUUCUUCAAGACUAAAAAAGGUGACUGGGCUGCUGAGAAGGUGAUUGAUAUUCCAGCUAAGAAGGUGGAAGGUUGGGCCUUACCUGAUAUGCCAGGUCUGAUCACGGACAUUCUGAUUUCGAUGGAUGAUCGCUUUGUGUAUUUCAGUAACUGGAUUCAUGGGGACAUCAGACAGUAUGACAUCACAGAUACUGCUCAUCCAAAACUCGUUGGUCAGAUUUUCCUUGGAGGAUCGGUAUGCACAGAUGGCCAAGUGAAAGUAACUGACGAUAAAGAGUUAUCUAAACAGCCUGAUCCAUUGUUCAUGAAAGGUAAAAGAGUCAAUGGUGGUCCUCAGAUGAUCCAGCUUAGCUUGGACGGCAAACGGCUCUAUGUCACCAACUCUCUCUACAGUGCAUGGGAUAAGCAAUUUUAUCCAGAUAUGUGCAAGAGUGGCUCUGUGAUGCUACAGAUCGAUGUCAAUACUGAGGUAGGUGGCCUGACUGUCAACAAAGAUUUCUUGGUUGACUUUGGUAAUGAGCCAGAAGGUCCGGCCCUCGCUCAUGAGAUUCGUUAUCCAGGAGGUGAUUGUACUUCUGAUAUCUACCUAGCUUCAACUGCUAGCCUGUAGAGAUUGAUCGUCACCAAGUAAAGCCCGCGAAUACUUCCUGCGAUAUGAAUGUUGACGUCACAAAUUCACAACAAAUGAUUAGCAUCAGUUGAAAUUUUGUCAACUCCUGUGAAACAUUCACAGCGAAAACAGAGAUGUUGUGCAAAAUACACUUCACAUUCACAUUUGCAGGAAGAAUCAACCAGGCAUAAGGCAUGGUGUAACCCACCUACAUCUUCAUCAUGAUCUGGGAAUCUCAGGGGUUUUUUU